AGCCAUCUUGGCUCAAGUCUCAUGCUAGGCCCGCGGACCGCACAUUCCGCAUCCCUUGCCUGGUAAUGGUGGCGCGUGCUGCUGCCCUCGUUGCUUCUCUGGCAAUGGCUCAGUGGUGAGUCGCUUUGCAUGGUGUACGCACGUUCUGCGUCGGCAGCACCUGCCAGGCGUUGUCGGGCAUUAGAGUUCGGCCUCAAGAAGGCAUGUCCCCGACAGGUACCGCCUGCUCAUGGUCCCGGGCGGCCUGAACGUGAGCCUGAAGGAGGUGAUCGCGGGCAUGUCCCUGCACGCCUCUCUGCAAUCCAGCAGCUGCUUUACAUCGCAUAGUCUUGGGCACGCCAUUCAACAUGCUGCCUUUCUUCAGCUCGAAUCACUUGCGCGGCUCUUGGCUAUUAAUUCUCGUUAGGGUCGUGCCGGACAUCGCAUUCCGAUGGGUGCCCACCCUGGUAAUAACGCGGCCGUCUGCUGCAACGCCCAGCCUAUGAAUCUUAAAGAACUCCUCGACAUCGAACCCACGCAGCCCUACAACGUGCCGCCCAAUUUGACGAAGGUGUCUGACCAAGCGGUUGCUGAUAGACGUCUCGCUUUUGCCAAGUGUAUCCUGCCUAUGCGGAAGCUCCGCCUAUGUUUUCGACGCUCUGGCAGGCACGCGGUGCUGCGAAAUUCCAUACCAUUCUUCUCGCAAUGCAGCGUGUGGCUCAAUCCGAGUGGCGCCCAGAGCUGCCAGCACCUCUACAAGUUGAACAACAUCUGGAUUGUCCUCAAGUGGUGGACAUCCUCUCGCUGUGCACAGUGAGCCUUGCGCCGGCAGCCAACUUCGCGCAGGCGGCUCGGCCAGAG